UACUCUACCUCAAUCUCAGCAAUCGGCUAUUCAGCCAGCAAAGCUGUCAGUGGGCAUUCGCCUGAUGAUACCUCACUUCUUCGACACUCCCCUUUCGGAACACUAACUUCUAGGACUCGUUCGAAAUUCAAACAUGUCUCGCCUGUCGGUGCUCAGCGGUUUCACGCGCAGUGUCCUCCGCUCCACCAAGAGACCCAUGUAUAUCCUACGCCACCUGGCGGACAACUCGGAUACCACCUUUAGCCUCGACGAAACCCAAAAUAAUCUGAAGAAAUUCGAAAAGGCUGAGCCAGUGGAGCACACAAGUCACUUGUUUGUAUGGCCGAAUGUGAGGGAAAAGAACCAUCACUAUGAAGAGCGAAAACAGGAGGCUUAUGAUGAUAUCACAGCCUCUUGGGGCUGGAAAAAUAACGAACUGGACGUGGAGCAAUUGGCCGGAAUGCCCGGGCCCACCGAGGUUGAGGAUCCGUAUUUGAAGUUGGAGGAGAAACCAGAGGAGGAUAAACUGUUCUACUCCGAGGACGAUCAUUCGGGAAUUCAGGAGGAUCUGCAGUUUGAGAGAAUGCGUUCACGGAGGGAACAGCUCAAUCAAGACUCCCAAGAAUCCUUUGCCAGCUUUGAACGAAACUCUCUUACUUGCGUGCGGGAGAAUGUGGACUUUAUGAUGCAGGAACUUGGACAGAUUUCCCUUCUUCUAAGCACUCUCUAUCCAGAGGAAUCCACUUUGGUUGGCACUGUCACGGGGCAAUCUGAGAAUACCAUGGAUAAAGUUAGCUCGGACCCAGAAAUGGCCUCUUUGGCACUCAACCAAAGUGAAGCGAAGAAACUGGAUCAUGAGAAGGUAUCUAAUCAGCCUUUGGAUGUUGCAAAGAACUUGGAUCAAGAAGAUAAAUCAAAUUCUGAGUUUACCACUUCGAUGUCCGAUCAAUCUGGCUUGGAAGAAAUAGAUACUUCUGUGAUAGCUAAAGAGUCGGAGGAUACACCACUACUCCAGAUCCUAUCUGCUGGCGAUAGCCGAGAACCGAGUCCCUCAAAAACCACUGAGAGUCCUCCCAAAACGACUGACAGGCAGGACAUGCAGCCCAAGGAACACAUUCACACCUACAGGCCCUUCAGGACCAUCGAAGUUCCGGUCAAUGAGCCUACUAAAAGCCCGAGCUCCGAGACAAGUGAAGAGCAGCCUUUUAGCCAGGAAUCCCUUACAAUCACUAAUCAUUUGGACAACACAGGCUACACGGUUUCUGCCCAGCUCUCGGAACCCGAAUCACGUCUACUGAUGCGAAUGGCUCUCAAACAGGCCUUAGAAGAUCUGGAGUCGGGCAAAAGCAAGUACAAAGCCACCAUUCUAGAGGCCGAAACUGAGUGAAAAUAUACACA